AUGAGUUUUCUGUUCGGCAAGAGAAAGACCCCGGCUGAGCUUUUGAGGGAGAACAAAAGGAUGCUGGACAAGUCCAUUAGAGAAAUAGAGAGGGAAAGGCAAGGCUUGCAGAAUCAAGAAAAGAAGUUGAUUGUCGAGAUUAAGAAGAGCGCCAAACAAGGACAGAUGGGGGCAGUGAGAGUGAUGGCCAAGGAUCUCAUCAGGACUCGCCAUCAGAUUGAAAAGUUUUACAAGCUUAAAUCCCAACUUCAGGGAGUUUCUUUGAGAAUUCAGACACUAAAAUCCACUCAAGCAAUGGGGGAGGCUAUGAAAGGAGUUACUAAAGCAAUGGGUCAAAUGAAUAGGCAGAUGAACUUGCCUUCCUUACAGAGGAUAAUGCAAGAGUUUGAAAGGCAGAAUGAGAAGAUGGAACUGGUUUCUGAGGUAAUGGGAGAUGCAAUUGAUGAUGCCUUGGAAGGUGAUGAAGAGGAGGAAGAGACAGAAGAUCUUGUGAAUCAGGUUCUUGAUGAAAUCGGAAUCGAUAUCAAUUCUGAGCUUUUGAAUGCACCUACAUCAACCUCUGUCACUGCACCAGCGGCAAAUAACAGGGUUGCUCAAGCUGAAUCAACAGGCCAAGAAGACAGUGGAAUAGAUGACGAUCUUCAGGCUAGGUUGAAUAACCUAAGAAAAAUGUGA